CUUGCAACAAAAUGGUUGUACGAACGGGUGGUAUGCGGCAAUAGAAAAAAACAGUUUAUUAGCAACAAUAACAACAACGAAAGUGAAGUGAACGUUGUGUAACCAGUGACACAUAGUUUGAUUGAUAAGCUCUAAUUAAUCUAACAAGAUGAAGACCCAGGAUUUGCACUGUCAGAUAUCGGUGGUGAUUAGUUUAGUAGUUCUAAUUGUGAGUGCCGAUGUUGGAAAUGAAUAUGAGAAUAAAUUGACCAAAUUGUGGUCUUUGACGAGCUCCUCGAGAAGUGAUGGGGCAAGGACUGCUGUUGUGAACGUGACCAGUGCUUCUAUACUCAUAGAACCGACGUACGAAGCAAGUGAGCCUACACGGACAGCGAGAAAACCAAAAAUGCAAGUGCAACUCCACCCGUAUACGACAUAUGCCUUCAAACCCCGGGCAAUACCUUUAAGAAGAGACGAACCUUCACAAGUAGAAAGAAGCAUCCACUACACUGACGACUCUACUUACAAAUCUGAUGUCCUUUUACCCGGUAAUUACUUUCCAAUUGCCGAAGUGAAAAGGAAGAACUUGAGUGAGGAAACAUACAACCCGCUGGCUGGAGGGACUUUCCAUCCGAAGAUCAUUCCCCUGCUGAGGUCAGAGUACGAGAGGCGGUCGCUGGAUGAGGAUGUAGAGCCUGAAAUUGAGAAGCCUGAUGGAUACAAGGAAGACGUCGCCCAAAGCCGAUCAUGGUCUACGAUAUUUGGCGAGGAUGAAGACAGCAAGGAAGCGAUAGAAGACGACGACGAAGAAGACGCAGAAUACGAAGAGAGGGACGGAGCCGAAGCUAAGAAGAAGACGAAACCCAAGGGAACCAAACUGAAGCCAAAGAAAUACGCGAAAUACAUGCUGCCGCUCCUAUUGGCUUACAAACUGAAGUUCUUCGCAAUGAUCCCGAUGGUGAUUGGUGGAUUGGUUCUGCUUGUAGGAGCAACGGGAUUGGCUGGAUUCUUCUUUGCGCUCUUCGCAGCGACCAUGGGACUACAAAAGGGAAGUUAUUAAGUGUGAAAUAGAAUAAAGUCGACGUACUCGAGUGGCCAUCCAAUCUUAAUUAAGGAGAUCAGUGUUUCGCCGUAGGCUAGUCUAGUUUGGACGUGCAUUUGUAUCAUUUUAACUGUUGUGAACUGUUUUUAAACGAGCGUCGUAUUUCCCGACGCCGGCUGUGACUGUCACUGUUGUAAAUAUUGUUUCCGUUAGUUCGCGUUUCCUAUUUAUUGUUUUGAUUGUAAGUAAUUUAUUUAAUGUAUUCUAAGUUUUAACUUUAAGUUGAUUCCAACCGAAUGUUAAUAGCGUCGUUAAUGUAGUUACCAAUGAAGUUCGUUCACAAAUGAUUGAUUUACAAAAUAUGUAAUGAUUUGUACACUGAAAUAUAAGCACA